AUGCCGGUCCGGGCCGCCCUGGCGAGCCUGAAGGAGAACGUGCCAAGGAAGAGCCCCGUGCCGCGCGUUCCGGCCGCCGCCUGGGGCCCGGAUGCCGCCGGCUCGCACCAGAGAUUCCGGGAGGCGCUGCGCACCCUGAAGACUGCGGCGGAGGGCGCUGCUUCUCAGGCAUGCGAGGCUGGCCAGUCUCAGUCGAGCGGCGAGUCGCCCCCUGCAAAGGCCGAUGCCCGUCCAGGGGCCGACGGUGAGCCUGAGCCCGAAGCUGUAGCACCAGUGCCGUUGAGGCAGCCUGCCGUGCACGUCUUCUGCGUGGAGCGCAGCGGCAGGGGGGGCGCGUUCUACCGCUCCUUCGCGGCGGCUUCCUACCCCGCCGUGUGGCAGCAGUAUCACCAGACGCCCGCGCUCCAGCGGCACUGGUAUGAGGUGAUUCGCGAGGGGCACCCCUGCCACCUCUACUUCGACCUGGAGUUCCCCAUUGAGCUCAACCCCGGCGUGGAUGGCCAGGCCCUCACGCAGCGAUUACUGGUGCUCGUGCAAAAGUGCCUCUGGAACAAGUUCCAGCUGCGCAUGGAUGCCCGCCAGCAUGUGGUCCUGCUGGACUCCACCUCCGCCACCAAGUUCUCCAGCCAUCUCGUGGUCAAGCUGCCCGGGCACGCCUUCCAGGACAACGCCGCGGCGGGCCGUUUCGUGCGCAGCGUGCUGCUGGCGAGCGGGACGGAGCUGACGGUGGUCCAGGGCCUGGACGCCCGCACCGGGCAGCCGGUGCGCUCCCCCUUCGUCGACACCGCGGUGAACCGCCACUUCCGCAUGGCGGGGUCGUGCAAGGGCGGGAAGACCGCCGUACUGCAGACCCUGCACGGCCAAGGGGUCCCGCCGGAGACGGCUUUCAUGCAGGCCCUGGUGGGGCAUGUACAGCUCAAGGUGCUGGCCAAGGAGGCAAUACCCUUUAUGGAAAGGAUGGCCACGGCCAGGGCUGGCCAGCUGACGACGAGGGUGAGGACCCUGGCAUUCUGCGGCCAACAGGGCCAUGUCGCCUAUGGGCUCGCGGGCCCUGGAUGCCACUACUGCGAGAACAUUGGUCGCUGCCACACCAGCAACCAUGCCUUCUACGUCGUCAACUUUGUUUCGGGGCACUUUGCCCAAAAGUGCUACGACCCCGACUGCUCGGGCUACAGGUCUGCCUGGAUGCCCCUGCCGCCAGGGCUGUGCUGCUCCAAUGGAGGCGAACCUCGCGGUGCAAGAGUGUCAGAGGCGUAA